AGCAGCGAAGCCCCGUCGCCCGUCUCUAUCGUUCCUACCAAUUAGACUAGACUACCUAGUAUCCUCACCCUGCGCAUGUCUGAAAUCAAUCACUUGCAGCCAGCAAUAACUCCAGCAACAAACUACAUAAUAAAACGAAUCCCCCGCUCAGAAAUUCAUUCACAACAUCACAUCAGUGAUACCACUUUUUAUACAGCAGCUUACCCACCCUACGACUUCUUCACUCUAUUCUCCAUCCUACUCCAAUCCUCAAUUUACAUGCCAUACCUUCACCGACAUCCCAUCAAAAAGUCAACACAAUAAUUAUGUCUUCAAGCUUUGACGGCAAACGAGCUGCGAGCGAUGAUGUUCAUAAGCCAUUCUCACCCUCGGCCGCGGCCAGUUCAUCAGGUCACCAGAAUGGUCAUAAUACAUCUCGCGGUACACCAGGUCGGACCGGUGAUCGUUUAAUCAAUGUUCAACCACCAAGAAGAGAAGAUCUCCAGCCUUCUUAUGCUCAAAUUUUGCAGGGUGAUGAUGAUACAAGUACUUCGGGGUGGUAUGGGAGUAUGAGUGAGUUUGAUACCUACCUAUGCAGGGUUUCGCGCAAAUUCAUGCUUCGAUCACUAAUUAUUGUUCGCACAUAGUCAACACUCUCGGAGCUUGUAUCGGUACCUGUGGUGCGAUUCCUUGUUGUAUUUUCUGCCCGAAUCCAUAUAAGCCAGUUUCGCAGGGUAAUGUUGGUCUCGUUACCAAAUUUGGUCGCUUUUAUCGUGCAGUUGAUCCUGGUCUUGUCAAGAUCAAUCCGCUCAGUGAACGUCUUAUUCAGGUUGAUGUUAAGAUCCAGAUUGUUGGUAUGUUUCAUCCUAUGAUUGUUUGAAAGUACUACUCUGCAAAGAAUGUGCCAUUAACUUAUAUGUUACAGAGGUUCCCCAACAAGUUUGCAUGACCAAAGAUAACGUUACUUUACAUUUGACCUCUGUCAUCUAUUAUCACAUCACAUCUCCUCAUAAGGCGGCUUUCGGUAUCUCCAAUGUUCGCCAAGCACUUGUCGAACGUACACAAACCACACUUCGACACGUUGUUGGUGCUCGUGUUUUACAGGAUGUCAUCGAACGUCGCGAGGAAGUUGCGCAAUCGAUUGAGGAAAUAAUUGAGGAUGUUGCAUCAGGUUGGGGCGUACAAGUUGAGAGCAUGCUCAUCAAGGAUAUGAUCUUCAGCAAUGAACUUCAGGAAUCUCUCUCCAUGGCUGCACAAUCUAAACGUCUUGGAGAAUCUAAGGUUAUUGCUGCUCGUGCUGAAGUUGAAUCCGCCAAGCUUAUGCGUCAAGCUGCCGAUAUUCUCUCCAGUGCACCAGCCAUGCAAAUUAGAUAUCUCGAGGCAAUGCAAGCUAUGGCUAAAUCCGCCAAUAGCAAGGUUAUUUUCCUACCAGGUGCUUCAACUAUUGGAAAUCAAAUGGCAAAUGCUUUGGGAGAAAGUUCAGGAGGUCAUGUUGGUGCUUCUAGCAGCAGAAAUGAUACUGGUGAUUUCGGAGGUCUGGAUUCCGGUUUCCAAAAGGCUAUCAAUGCCCAUGUUGUUGAGAAUAUUUAAGUGAGGAUUCGACUGACAUACUAAUUGCCGAUGUAGCUUGGUCUACUUGAAUAUCACUUUAAUGAUGUUCAAAUGUCGUCCACGGUUCCCGCUUGUCUAUCGAACACGAGAAUCUCCAGCACUGUACUUUGUGUACUCUCCCUUUUCUAUGCGUCCCAGGUUUCGUGGCUAAAUGGUGGAAAGGUGGAAGAGCUAGUCCUCGAUAAUGGUAGGAAGGAAUAUUCGGAUAGGGGUUUGCUUUGGAUACGGUAUGAUACGAUACGAUACGAUACGAUGGUUCAAAUGGUUUUGAUGGUUUCGUUUGGCAAUACCCCGGUCGUUGAAUUUGAGAAGUUUGUUCCUUUUUUUUAUUUCAUAUAGCUUUAGUGUAUAAUUGAUUUUUAUAUCAAUUUCUCUUAAUGAAUGUAUGAUUGA